CUCCCCGAGUUUAGCAAUAACAGGCGGUGGCCGCAGCCCGGCACCUCCUCACCGCCCCCUCCCAUCCGCGCGGAGUGGUUCGGUCCGGAGCCGGCCGGCCGGGCGAGUCCAAGUCGGAGGGAGCGACCCAACCUGUCUAAGCCCGAAUGGUGCGGUCCUGAGCCGCGGGCGGGGCGGGCGGCACCAAGUGAGGGGCCCCCGGGGGGGAGGGAGGAGCUGCCGGCGGCCAGCGGAGCAGGGAGAAACUCCAAGAUGGCGUCGGCCGGCCCCGAGUCUGGGGGCAGCAGCAGCAGCAGCGCCGGCAUCGCGGGAUCAGCAACCUUCAAAAAAUCAUUCACUUCAGAGAUGUCUGGUUCUUCUGGACAGCCUGGCUCACAGACAAUAAAGAAAGGUCAUAGAGGAGUAGAUUCCACUGGUGAGACUACAUAUAAAAAGACUACGUCAUCGGCCUUGAAAGGUGCCAUUCAGCUGGGCAUCACCCACACAGUUGGAAGCUUGAGCACCAAACCGGAGCGAGAUGUUCUCAUGCAAGACUUCUAUGUAGUAGAAAGUAUCUUCUUCCCAAGUGAAGGGAGUAACCUGACCCCAGCCCAUCACUACAAUGACUUCCGGUUUAAAACCUAUGCUCCUGUAGCAUUUCGCUACUUCCGUGAACUGUUUGGAAUACGGCCAGAUGACUAUCUGUACUCGCUCUGCAGUGAGCCGCUCAUUGAGCUCUCCAACUCCGGGGCCAGUGGUUCCCUCUUCUACGUAUCCAGUGAUGACGAGUUCAUCAUUAAAACAGUUCAGCACAAAGAAGCAGAGUUCUUGCAAAAGCUGCUGCCAGGUUACUAUAUGAACUUGAAUCAGAAUCCUCGGACACUGCUGCCUAAGUUCUAUGGCCUGUACUGCGUGCAGGCUGGAGGGAAGAACAUCCGCAUCGUAGUGAUGAACAACCUGCUGCCCCGCUCUGUGAAAAUGCACCUCAAGUAUGACUUGAAAGGCUCCACCUAUAAACGUCGAGCAUCCCAGAAGGAGCGGGAGAAGGUCUUCCCGACAUACAAAGACCUGGAUUUUAUGCAGGACAUCCCCGAUGGCCUGUUCCUAGACUCUGAUAUGUACAAUGCCUUAUGCAAAACACUACAGAGAGAUUGUUUGGUUCUGCAGAGUUUUAAAAUCAUGGAUUAUAGUUUGCUUGUGGCUGUCCAUAACAUUGAUCAGGCACUGAGAGAGCGUGCGAUAAUGGAUGGGACGUCCCAGUCGGACACGCGGAGGCCAGCUACCCAGAAAGCUCUCUACUCCACUGCUAUGGAGUCUAUCCGAGGAGAGGCCCGGCGAGGCGGCACCAUAGAGACUGACGACCAAAUGGGAGGCAUUCCAGCCCGGAAUUCAAAGGGAGAAAGGCUGCUUUUAUAUAUUGGUAUCAUCGAUGUGCUACAGUCCUACAGAUUCGUUAAGAAGUUGGAGCACUCAUGGAAAGCAUUGGUACAUGACGGGGACACUGUGUCUGUGCAUAGGCCCAGCUUCUAUGCAGAAAGGUUUCAACGAUUCAUGUGCAACACUGCAUUCAAGAAAAUACCGUUAAAACUUUCUCCUUCUAAAAAGAGCCGGUCUGGCACAACUGUUCCUCGGAGGCCGGGUCAGGGUGGAGCCCCUUACCAAUCGCAUUCAUCAUGUGAAACUAAAGCGCAAGUAACGGCAGAAGCAGAUGUGGAGCAAGGUUCUCAUCUUGGUCGCCCCGAUCUCCUUCCCAGAACUCCUCCAGUAGACGAAGCUAACAGUGAUUCCAUAGCAACAACCUUGUCCACUUCUUCGUUGGGCAGUGGAGGCCUUAACUCUCCAGCCAACAGGUCAGUGGGAGUGCAAGUUCACAAAUCUGAAACCUCUCCAAAGGAUUUGGCUAGAACAGCUCCUGCCAUCUGCUCAAAUAGGUCAGUGGGAGUUCAAGUUCACAAGUCUGAAAACGCUACAAUUAGAACAAUUCUCAGCUUCCGCUCCAAUAGGUCAGUGGGACUGGAAGUUCACAGCUCAGAAAGCUCAGCAGAGGAUGUAGCUAGUUCAGCCCUGAGUAACCACUCAAAUAGUGGCUCCGCAGGGCCUUCCGUAACAGAACGCUCCUCAGAACUGACAGAACAUUUUGAAGACGUGCAAGAGACCGAGAUAAGCUUUUGAAAUAACAGAGGGACAGUUGUGAUGUGAGCAGAAGAUUUCUCUCUACUCUGCGUGGGCCGUAGAGUCUGACAAACAUUCAGCCCCUGCGGCUGAUCUUAGAAAUCUUAUCCGGACAGAAUCCAUAGAAGCUGGAAGGCUUGGGACAUACUUAGUGUCAUAGUAUUAACAGUGGCUGAGCCCAGAGCAACCUCCUCUUCUGAAAAACAGCCCUCAAGCUGUGGCUGGUUGCAUCUAGUUUGUUUUCUGCUGCUGUCCUCUCUUCGAAGACUGGCAGGAGCAAGGCUGCUCAUCUCCAAGGAGGAGCAGGAGCUGCUCCAUGCAGGCCAGAGUCCUCUGGAGAAAAGGAGCUGGCUUUGGGGGAGUUGGUUACCUAGGAUUGAGGACCUCACAAACCUUGCAAGAACAAUGGUCAACUCUGAAGAGCACCGGGGGUAAUGGACAUUGGAGCCUUGUUGGAACAGUUUUUGCAACAGCUCAACAUGGUGUUUGGUUUUUAUAUUAAUUUAAGUUUCUUGAAUUCAGUCAUAUUGUUUCUUUUAGGCUGCAACAAUUAUCUGUUCUUUUUAAAAAUAGUUUCAUCAGUGUUUCACCAAAAAUGUCCCGCAGAAGGGGGAGCGACUGUUUUUUUUGGUCACACAUGAAAGGUAUUGAUCAUGGAUGUCUUUUCUAUAAACUAAUUUUGAGUGCAGCAGUCUAAUGCAUUUAUGACAUUGCAUCAUCAUCAUCCUGAGACGGUGACCUGGAACAGACCCUCUCACAAGACUUGGUGCUUUAUCAUGGCUUGGUGCUUGAAGGAUUUGGAAUGGGCCACACUUUUAAGAUGUCAGAGAGGUUUUUGCAUUGCUUUGUCCUGUUUUAAACUACUCCUUUAGUCUCUCAUCCUCACACAGAAUGAGAAGCAACAGAGAUUUUGGGAGAUCUUGGUGCCUGGUGCAUUUUUAUGCCUUCAGUGUUUCUUAAGCAAAUGGACCAAACCAAUCCUGCUUGGUUUUUUUUCCCCAGUAUUAUGUGUCCUUCUUGGGACACAACUUGUAAAAUCUGCAUUUUUUUUUUUUUAAAUAGCUAAAUUCCCUUUUGAUAGCUAUGCUUCUGUCUUACCCCUUGGCAUCAGGGUUACCUUUUGUGCACGGUGCUCUGACCGCAUCCAAAUAGAUUCCUAUAAUGCCACGCCAUAUAAAUGACUGCCGGGUCUCUGCAGAGCAACAGAUUUUGGGGUUUUUUGCCUCAACAAAAGUGUGUUGCACUCUGAUUCCAAGCUGCGGCUUAUUAGAAUCAGCUGAAAAGACACAUUGCUGUAUUUAUCUUCGCCAUUUGCCGUACAUAAGACUGUGGCAGUCCUUACCAAGUUACCAGCUGCAGACACAAGGCUAGAAACCUGAGCAUAUGUUGUACUGAUUUUUAUUUUCACUAAAGUUUUUUUUAAAAAUUAAAUGAAUCUUAGUCUUUUUUCCCCAAAAAGCAGUGACCCUCCCCCACCUCCUUUUUAUAGGUUAAAACAUAAAGAAAUUGUUGCUCCUGCACAUGCAAGGGUUUUGUAUGCCUAUUAGCAGUCGUGGCUAAUAAAGCCGAAAAAUGUAGCGGCUUAGAAGGGUUUUUUUAGUUGAUGUAUCAGGGCUGAGUGUUUGGGUUGUUUUUUUUUCCAAUCACAUUUAAAGUGAAUAUAGUUCAAGAUGUUAGUUUAAAAAAACAAACAAAUCUUUGAAAGGCAGAUGAGGCAGAACCGCCUUCCUCACGGAGAGCCAGCCAGGUGUCCAAACGCAAAGGAGUUUAGUCAAGCAGGAAAGCGAUGGUCUCUGAUUGAUGUCUGUCUGGUUCCUAAGGGCUCUGGAACCUCUUUAUCUAGAUUUUAAACGUCAAGUGAUGUCCUGAUGAGAUCUGUACCUUGAAGAUCAAUGUAGUGACAACAAGAAAUGGCUCGAGUACAAUUUCCCUCUUUCUCCCUUCUACUCAGCAGGUUAUUUUUCACACCCUGAUGAACAGUCUAUAUUAGACACACAUUCUUUCUGAUCUUCCCUCCUGACUCAAAUUCUUUUUUUUUUUUAACCAGGAGGAAAGAAACCAAUUCAGUUGGGUUUUUUUCAUGAUUCAAUAUUUAUAAAGUUUGUAUUUAAAUGUUUUAUUCUGGGAAUAGUUACUCAGUAUGCAGGGAGCUCAAAGGGGGAGGGAGGGAGGGCGUUGACAUUUAUAUAUCAUAAUUAUCGACCUCUGCUUUGCAAUGGUAUAACAGCAAAGGCUUCUUGCAUUCUAAAAGGGGCAGAGUAACUGGUUUAAGGUGUUAAAACUUGAUCGGUUAUUUCCAUCACGCGGGGUUUGGUUACCUGGCUAACGGCUCAGAGAGUUGGGUCCGCGAAGGGGGGCUCAACCCCCUUGAUCCUGGCUCCCUGUUUAAGCGUCUCGUCCCCACCCUUACCCCUCCAUUGUUGGACUGGAAUGCGUGGAGAAGCAUCAAGAGCUGCUGAUGGCUGGACCUCUUUCCUGCUCGGUCUACGCCGACAGCUUUGAUUCCACACGGCAGGAUCUGUUACUUCUUCGUCAGUCCAGCAGGGAGGAGCUGACCUGUCGAGCAUACAUCCUUAUGAAACAACUUGUGCCGUGUUGUGAAUAGUGUCAUUUUAACCUUGUAACACUUUUGCCAUCAUUGGCUGUUAAUUUGAAUAUUAAAAACAAAAGCUGUCUCUUAGCAGCCUGUCCUACACAGGGGAUAAUAUUGCUGUGAGGGGACGUUACAAUACACAGUGUGUUACCAAA